AUGGAUCUCCAGGGGACCAAGGAGGCUCGGGCCCAAGAGGAGGGUGCCGACGGCCCGCUAGACGCUUAUGGUGGAGGUGGCCGGUCCAAGGAGUAUCACAAGAACGAGGGGCGUGAUGCUCACGGUCAUGAUAAUUCUCCUAAUGUGCGCCCACUUCGUCGUCGACAGUCCCCGUUCACAUAUCCGCACGGGACUCGCCAGCAAACCGCGCUAGCCCCUACCGCGGCGCCACGGGAACCCUCACCAUCCCCAGAGGCCAUCGUCAUUCCCCAAGCACUGGGAUUAAGUUCCCGGGAGCAGAGAUUACUAUGCAAAGCGCGUCGACAGCCACCCGUGACCAAGGCAACGCUGAGUGAACUCGAUUUGCCCUGUAUCAUCAGCAACAUCAAUCUCCGCAUGGAUGCCAACUUCGAUCGCGACCUACAUUUCAAACCCGAUUUGGAUGGCGAGAAGGGGAAGCGGAAACGGAAAGAGGCGACGAACUACUGGGACUCGAUGGCGACGGAGAUUGCGAUCUAUGCGUACCAUGCAGCUCACCCCGAUGAGGAGCAGGGCCGGGGAAGCUCCCAACGCACCUUUGAGCCCCGAUUGCCAGCCAUGUUUGAGACCCUGCAGGAAGUCAUCAAGACCCUUGUUCCAGAGCGAGAUCAUCCCAGCGUCAUGCAGAAUCUGGAGGUGCCCUUGCUGAUGCAGCAGAUCCGCAAGGGUGUGCUCGAUAUGGUGGCGCUAGCGACGUGGAUGGCAGCUCUGCUCAAGACGCAUUGUGCACCGAUGCGGGACGAAUGGGCGGAUCGGAUGGCCGAACAGAUUAGCCAAGGGUCCCAGUCUCAAGACCCAAAAGAGAUUGUGAAUGGGCUUCAGACCCUCUUUGCGAUACUAGAGGCCAUGAAACUGGACGUGGCCAACCAUCAAAUACGUACAUUUCGCGUGCUUCUAAUCGAAGAUACAGUGCCAUUCCUACAAGAGUACUUCGAGGGCAAGAUCAGUCGUGGCAAUUUCCACGUGGAACCCGCCCGGCUCUGGUACCUAGAUGCACGAAACCGCGCCCAAGAAGAAGAUGAGAACAAAAACCCAAGCCAACCUGACGACGGCCUCAAACCUCUCGAGGCUCUUCUGCGCGGCAUUUCCGACCAACUCCUUCAGUUCACACCCCCCGCCGACUUCCCCGAAACCUUCCUUUUCGACUCCGACCGACUCUGGCAACUCCGCGCUACCAUACAAAACCUCAUCAACCUCGAAAUCGCCUGGUAUAUCUUCGAGUCCUACGUCCACACCCAAAAGCGUUACCUCUCCGCCCGCGAGGAAACAUACACAACUUUCCGCUCCCGUAUCUGGUCUCUAAUGGAAGACGGCCUCGACCCAAACGGCCACGUCCCCAGCGCCAUUGACAACGACCCUGACCUCCGCGGCGGCGCCCACUGGCUACAAAACAUGCGCAGCAUUGCCCUCGAAAUCGCACGCUUCGCGUGUGCGGCCUGCUGCCUCGAUUCCGUCGUCGCAGACGAAGUGAUCACACCCAUCGAAGCGGCCCUCGAAUGGCACCUCACUAACGAAUCGGAUCUUUUCCGUUAUUUCCAAAAUGGGAUGCGCGAGAAGAUCCUCGCUGCGACGCUUGCGUCUGCAAGGAAGUUUAUCCCUCUUUCGCCGCUGGCGAUUUGUGAGUCGCAACGUGCCGUUCCGCAGCAACAGCCCUCUGCGCCACUCGUUCCGGCUGCGUCUUCGACUGCUGCGACAGCAGCGAGUCCGACGAGCUCGGGAUCGAUCGUGUCGCCUCCCUCACCGCAAGAUCAUGAUAUCGAGCGUAUCGGUAUGCGUCUUGCGCAUAUGGCUGUUUUGCAUUGGCGCGUCUGGGCUCCAUUGCUGUAUCUCCGGGAUGAGAUAGCGGAUUUAGCCCUCGACACCCCUGCCUUUGUCUAA